GGCACACCGCCUCCGGCUCCUUUGAGAGCAGGGGCCGCCAUCUCCAUGGCCACCGCAGUUAGUGGCCCCGGUGCGGGGUCGCGGGACAUCCUGUGGCGCGUCUUGGGUUGGAGGAUAGUUGCAAGUAUUGUUUGGUCUGUGGUGCUUCUGCCUGUAUGUACAACAGUAUUUAUAAUCUUCAGCAGCAUUGAUUUAUUUCAUCCUAUUCAGUGGUUGUCAGAUUCUGUCAAUGACUUGUACAGUUCCUAUGUCAUCUUUUACCUCUUACUGCUGUCAGUGGUAGUAAUAAUUAUAAGUGUUUUCAAUGUCGAGUUCUAUGCAGUUGUGCCAUCCAUCCCCUGCUCCAGAUUGGCGCUGAUAGGGAAGAUCUUGCACCCUCAGCAACUCAUGCACUCAUUAGUUCAUGCCACUAUGGGGAUGGUGAUGGCCUGGUGUGCAGCGGUGAUGACCAAGGGCCAGUACAGUUUCCUGGUGGUGCCCUGCUCCAGUUCUGAGAGCUUAGAUAGGCCUGCUGCACAAACCUGCUUAAAUGAAUAUCAUCUUUUUUUCCUACUGGCUGGAGCAUUCAUGGGAUAUAGCUAUAGUCUUCUGUAUUUUAUUAACAACAUGAACUACCUUCAAUUUCCCAUCAUACAGCAAUACAAGUUUUUGCGCUUCAGGAGAUCUCUGCUCUUAAUAGUUAAACAUAGUUGUAUGGAAUCACUGUUCCUGGUUAGAAAUUUCUGCAUCGUGUAUUAUUUUCUGGGUAAACGUUUUGAGUUAAUUCAUGACAUUGAAGCAGUCCUGAUGGUGCAAAUGAGGACAUUCAUGAAAGGAGACUUCCAGGAUGCUUCAGAAAAUGAUAAGAAUGAUGGGAUGUGUGCACAUGUGUUUCCUGUGCAACUACCAUUUGUGGAAGAGUCAGAUGAAUGUCUCCCAAAAGUUUUAAACAGUAAUCCUCCCCUCAUCAUAAAGUUUUUAGCCUUGCAGGACCUGAUGCUGCUUGCUCAGUAUUCUUCUUCUCGAAGACAAGAAGUUUUUAGCCUUAGCCAACCAGGUGGUCAUCCUCACAAUUGGACAGCCAUUUCAAGGGAGUGUUUGAAUCUUUUAAAUGAUAUGACUCAAAGACUAGUUCUGUACCAAGAAGCUGCUGCUACAAAUGGGAGAGUGUCUUCCUCAUAUUCCAUGGAACCUAAGAAAUUGGAUUCUCCAGCAAAAACACCGGAUGGCUCCAGUCCUUUUGGAACCCCUUUUGGCUCCAGUGUGGUGAAGCGAGUAGCUGGAAUUUUUGAUGGAAACACCUGCUAUGGAUUGCCACAGAGUCCUCAGCUGAUUAGAAGAGCGCCAAGACUAUGGACUUCUGUUUCUGGUCAGCAGAUGUCUGAAUUUUCUAAUCCUUCUCCAUAUACUUCUUUUAAUAAUGCUGAGGGUAAGACAGUGAGACAGCCCAGUGUGAUUCAUUCAUGGAUUCAGCAUAAACGUGAACAGAUUAAGAAUUUUUUGUCAAAACGGGUGCUGAUAAUGUAUUUUUUCAAUAAGCACCCAGAGGCCUCCAUUCAGGCAGUUUUUUCAGAUGCCCAAAUGCAUAUUUGGGCAUUAGAAGGUCUAUCUCAUUUAGUAGCAGCGUCAUUUACAGAAGAUAGUUUUGGAGUUGUCCAGACUACACUACCAGCUAUCCUUAAUACUUUGUUGACACUGCAAGAGGCAGUUGACAAGUACUUCAAGCUUCCUCAUGCUUCCAGCAAACCACCUCGGAUAUCAGGAAGUCUUGUGGACACUUCUUACAAGACAUUAAGAUUUGCGUUCAGAGCAUCAUUGAAAACUGCCAUCUAUCGAAUAACUACUACAUUUGGUGAACAUCUGAAUGCUGUGCAAGCAUCUGCAGAACAUCAGAAAAGACUUCAGCAGUUCUUGGAGUUCAAAGAAUAGCUCAGUAAUAUAAACUGUGUUCAUUACACUGCUGAUACAACUACAGACGGUACAGUAAAUGUUCAGCAUUCUUGGAUCAGAAGAAAUGGACUAAUUAGAUGCUUCCUUUGUCGUGGUGGUUGCUUUGAAAACUAUACUUUAAUGGGAGAAAUCAUGGAAAGAAAUUCUCAACAGAAUAACUGAAAUCUGCCUUUUCUGUACCGAUCACUUUUUGUGUGUGUGGUAUAAUAAAAUCUUUAUCCAGUUUUAUAAGUGCAUCAGUGGCCAAAGAAAUAUUUCUAGCUCUUAUAACUUAAUAAUAAUAACUCAAAAUUUUGUAGAAUUCACUUUUAAAAAUAGUGAAGCCACUUCACAAAUUAUAAUAGGUCACUUCGUCCGGACUUCCUAAUCAUUCUGAGAUUAGCUCCCUGGAAAUUUGAAAUACAUAAACUUUAAAAGGAUAAAAGUAGUAAUAAUGGGAAAAAAAAAUUCACAGAAUAAAAUACUGUCUGAAAGACAUGUUUUGUUAAUCUGUCAGGUUGUGUUUUUGUUUUCAGGGACAAAUUAAAUUUGCAUGAUUAUCCAAAAAAAGUAUCAAUUUACAGAUCCUAACUCUAUAUAAAGGAAUGUAGAAUAACUCAGUUCUUAAAAGAUUAAACAUUUACUUUUUUUUUUUUGAGAAAUAGUUAAGCAACAUGUAUGAAUUGAUUUUGUAUCAUGCUAGUAAACAGUAAGUGUGUAGGUAUUUUCCCAACUAGUUUUGCUUUCUUUUUCUGGAACAAAACAUUAAGGGCUCACAGAGUUUUUCAAGUGAGAGAAGAGACCAGGAAGCUUUUCCUUCUUUCUGUACACUUCAUCUUCAUUAGAUCAAAUUACUUUGUACAGUUUGUCUGGCCUCACAGAAAGAGCAACUUCUGCCAUAUUAACCAGCUAAUGAAAAUAUAAUAGGAAAAUCUUUAAAGCCGGAAGCAACUUAGUCAUCAGAUACCAAGUGGAACCGAAACAUCAGGGGAUUACUGUCCUGGAGUGUGUUGUGUGGCCCAGAUGUGAGCAGGUGAGGUCAUUUGCUAACUCAGUAGAUAGAGGUCUUCAAGUCCUGGUGGUAGAUAUUUACUGGAAUAGUGUUAGAUAAAAAUGUUCCUUCAUAAUUCUUUUCCUAUUAUCUUUCCCCUUCAGAGUCCCCCCAAUUUUCUCUUUAAAGUCAGCACAGUAUUGUACACACAUCUUUAAUGUGGUAUAUGUGUCUACCAUUUGUCUCUCUAUUAAGGUAUUAUAGCUUUACAAUAGACUUUUAUAUUUUAGCCCUAGGGCCUAUUGCUUCUUCAACCAGCACAUACCAAAUUAUAAAUGAAUCCUUCUGGCCUUUAAAGUGCCUGUAUGGGACAGUUCCCAGUUGUCAAGUGUUUUGGGUAUUUAAGCUAUUGCUACUUGGCCUCCGCCUUUCCUCCUUCUUUGUGUCUGAACCAUCUCGCUAAUGCUCACUCUCCUUUCUCU